AUGCUCUGGCUGUCUUCAGAAAAAUGGCAACUCAGUAGCUCAACUUUCUUUCUCUCUGUCUUUUUUCUUUCUUUCCCACUUUCUUUCUUUCUUUCUUUCCCACUUUCUUUCUUUCUUUCUUUCUUUCUUCAUGUUUUCUUUUUCUUUCUUUCUUUCUUUCUUUUAUUCUUUUGUUUUCUAAAAUUUUUCCACCUUCUUUCAAUCAAUUCAUUCUUUCUUUCUUUCUUUUUUCUUUCUUUCUUUUUAUCUUUCUUUCUUUCAAAACAAUUUCAAGAAAGUAAAAAUUCUUUAAUUCAAUUUUCAAUUCUUUCUUUUAUUUUCCAUUCUUUCUUUCUUUCUUUCUUUCUUUCUUUCUUUCUUUCUUUCUUUCUUUCUUUCUUUCUACCUGUCUUUCUUUCUUUAAUUAUUCUUUACUUGCUAUCAACUUUUCACCUUCUUUUCAAUCAAUUCAUUCUUUCUUUCUUUCUUUCUUUCUUUCUUAAUUUCUUUCUUUUUAUUUCUUUCUUUACUGAUUCUUUCUCACACCCUCUCACUCAAUGUCUUCAUAUCUAUAUCUCAACCAAUCUAUCUAUCUAUCUAUCCCAAUAUUUUUUGUUCUUUCUUUGUUUCUUCCUUUCUCAUCAAUUUCUUCCUUUCUUUCUAACAAUCUCAAGAUUUUCUUUCUUUCUUUCUUUCUUUAGAAAGAAAGAAAGAAAUUCUUUCUUUCUUUCUUUCUUUUUUAUCAUUUUAAUUCUUUUCUUUCUUUCUUUUCCAACAUUUUUUCUUUCUUUUCUUUCUUUCUUUCUUUCUUUCUUUAAUUCUUUUCUUUCUUUUUUUUUCAAGAAUGAAUUUUUUUCAUUUCUUUUUUUAUUUCUUUCUUUUCUUUAUAUUUCUUUCUUUCUUUAUAUUUCUUUUUUCUUUCUUUCUUUUUUCAACAUUUUUUAA